CCGGGAGCAGAGCGCUUCCCGGUAUCCCGGCUCCACCACCCUCGGUCGGUAUUCACGCCCGCCCCGUCCGGGCAGCGCCGCACCGAGCCGCGCCGCUUCUCCGCAGAGUGGCCAUGGAGUACACGCCGCCCCCCAAGCCGCAGCUCUCCUCCCGGGCCAACGCCUUCUCCAUCGCCGCCCUCAUGUCGAGCGGCAGCUCCAAGGACAAGGAGUCCCCCGAGAGCACUAUCAAGCCUCUGGAACAAUUCGUUGAGAAAUCCUCUUGCGCCCAGCCUUUGAGCGAUUUAUCCAGCCUGGACCCUCACGGGGAUUUUAGCAGCAGCCCUUCGUCCCUGUGCACCGAGCCCCUUAUACCCACCACCCCCAUCAUCCCCAGCGAGGAAAUGGCCAAAAUCUCCUGCAGCCUGGAGACCAAAGAGCUCUGGGACAAGUUUCACGAACUGGGUACCGAGAUGAUCAUCACCAAAUCCGGGAGGAGAAUGUUUCCAACGAUCAGGGUUUCCUUCUCGGGAGUGGAUCCUGAGGCCAAGUAUAUUGUGUUAAUGGAUAUAGUUCCUGUGGACAAUAAAAGAUAUAGAUAUGCCUACCACAGGUCUUCCUGGUUAGUGGCUGGAAAAGCUGACCCUCCUCUCCCUGCAAGGUUGUACGUGCACCCUGACUCCCCAUUCACAGGAGAGCAACUGCUGAAGCAGAUGGUGUCCUUUGAAAAAGUGAAACUCACCAACAACGAGCUGGAUCAGCAUGGCCACAUCAUUUUGAACUCCAUGCACAAGUACCAGCCAAGGGUACACAUCAUUAAGAAAAAGGAUCACACGGCUUCUUUACUAAAUCUGAAGUCAGAAGAGUUCAGAACGUUUAUCUUUCCAGAGACAGUUUUUACUGCUGUUACCGCCUACCAGAAUCAGUUGAUAACUAAGUUGAAAAUUGACAGCAACCCUUUCGCUAAAGGAUUCCGUGACUCUUCCAGACUCACUGAUAUUGAGAGAGAAAGUGUGGAGAGCCUUAUCCAAAAGCAUUCCUAUGCCCGAUCCCCCAUUCGAACCUACGGAGGAGAAGACGAUCUUGGAGAUGAGAGCCAGGCAACACAAAGCAGAGGGUCAGCCUUUACAACAUCUGAUAACCUGUCCCUCAGCUCCUGGGUUUCCUCUUCAACCAGUUUUCCAGGAUUUCAGCAUCCACAGUCUUUGAGUGCCCUGGGUACCAGCACUGCAUCCAUAGCUACACCCAUUCCUCAUCCGAUCCAAGGAUCUCUGCCUCCGUACAGUCGCCUGGGAAUGCCUCUCACACCCUCUGCUAUAGCCAGCUCCAUGCAAGGUAGUGGUCCCACUUUCCCAUCCUUCCACAUGCCUAGGUACCACCAUUAUUUUCAGCAGGGUCCUUAUGCAGCUAUCCAAGGACUGCGCCACUCUUCCGCAGUGAUGACACCGUUUGUAUGAGUGACAAGAGAAACACAACAUUUUAAAUGUGCAAGUUUGGUAUGAAAAAUACAAGGGACCUUUCUGAAAGGCCUGUGGCAGGCGUGCUGAACUUGUAACAAACCAGCUAAGAAAAUGCAUUAUGGAUAUAGAUUCCUCUUUCGAGGGAUCACAAGAAGCGAGCGUGCAGCUUGGAGCUGCUCACAGAUCUAUGUGUAACACAGCCAAAAUGGAUCCCAAAGUCCCCAGGAUUUUUGGUCACGUGCAGCUUGUUCCAAAGGUGCAUUAUACCUAGCAGAAAAAGAUUACAUUUAUGCAGCAGUGUACAAAUUAAUUGUCUAUAGGUCUUUUUUCAUAUGCUAGAUGGAUUGUGAAAAAGGCAAUACUCUCACUCAUCUUCAUCUCUUCUUGUGGCUGAUGAGCAUCUAAACAGAAAAAUGUAUUGCUGUAACUUUGAGCAUGUUUUAGGCUAUCUCAGCAUACAUUUGUGAAAACACAACAAAGUGGAGAAGACCACUGUUCUUUUUAAGACUGGCUUAUAUUCAUGAAAACCAGUAUUUCUUAGUUGCUAUUGUAAUCAAAAAGAGAAAAUUAUUGACAAUUAUUUCUUUCUUUGUUUCUUUCACAAAACACUUACCAGUUCAAGAAAAAAAAAAAAAAGAACUGUGUUACUGGACUGUAGUAGUAAAAAUGUAUUUUCUCCUUCAGUCUAAAAAUAAGUUUGUCCUAUAUCCUAGGAGAGCAAUUUAACUGUCUGUUAAGGUAUAAUGAAGGAAAAUUUUGAUUUAGAAAAAUCUGCUAUUUAAACUUAAAACCCCAAGAUAUCAAAUUUUAAAACAGUGCUUGUUUGCUGCUGUGCUUGCCACUGAAGACCUGUUUCUAGCUGCACAUGUGUACCAGUUAACCAAAUUCCAGGCUAGAUCAGUCUGUAGACUCUCCGGAUCAAACUAUAUCUAGUGGACUAGUAUGAGUGGAGUAUCUUUCUACUUCUACUAAUUUUCUUGGGUUUGGUCAUUGCUAUAGAAGCUCUUUGGCCAGGAACAUGAGGGUUUUACUGCCAGUUUUAACAUGUCCCACUAUAAUGGUGGAGUUUCGUUAGGAAAAUAUCAGUGCAGAACUUCACAUGAAACUCUUUUAAAAUUCAUAUCUAACAUUUUUCAGUUAGUAAUUCGGGUUCUCAUUCAAAGUACUGUCCACGUUUUCUAGUUUGUUUUGUCUGAUGCAACAGAGGAACUGUAGAGGUAUAAGAAAAUAGUGACCUGUCUGCAGAGAGCUAACAUGAAUCCUUUGCACGGCUGAAAAGAGUACCAGCGUGAUGUUGGUUUUCUGUGUGGCAGGAGCUGGGAUUUCACUGUAAAUAAUAAGUCAACACAGAGUUUCUGUGAAGAGUUGCAUCCAAGUUAGAGAUGAUAACACAUUACUGACAAAAAAGAACUAGCAAUCCAAUCUCAUAUAUUACAAAUCUGUGUAGAGCUGGAACACAAAAUAGAAAACAGACUUGUCCACUUUGGACCAAUCUGUGUUGGUAUCAUAUAGAAAAAAGCAGAGUACAGUACACUGAGCCACCUACCUCCCAUCUCUGUGAAGUGCAAGACAUGUUACGUGCCUUUAUUUGUCCCAUUGCCUUGUUUUACAUGCCCCAUCACACAAAGCAAUAACAACCUUACAGGCUUUUCCCAGCUUCUACUGUAGGACAGUACUUGCAUCCCACAGAUAAGGGCCAUCUUUAUAUAUCUUCUAGUAGAUGAAUUCAAAAUCUUCUCAAAUUGGCCACUUCAAUCACCUUUUCAAUCAAGUUAUCUGCUGUAUUAUCCUAAUUCCCCUUUAAUCACUGUUGGACCUGCUGAUAAAAAAUAACCUGGGGCAAUUUGCAACUCCUGUGCUUUGUAUGUGAGUGAAAAUGAAAAUUUAUUUACAAUUUCUGGGUUCAGAGCUGCUACAAGGAGUUUGAUAAAUGAAUAUAAUAGGCCAAGCUCUGCAAUAUUUAAAUGGCUUAAAAUCAGACACUGAAAUUGUCUUGAGGUAUCCAAAUAUUAGAUUUUGAAAAAGUGGAUGUUGCAAGGUUGUAUCUACUUAUGACCAAUUUUGAUAUAAACCCCCUAUUUUUCAGGAAAUUAGAUGAUACUGGCCCCACAACAACGUAACUCUCCGAGUACAUAUGAUUCUGCAGACAUGAGAAUUACAGGGGAAAUUUGGAAGAAAGUUUUGUUCCCUCACUUCAGUUGCUUGACUUCUGUUAGAGUUGUAUGAAGACCCCAGGAUGCCAUGCACUAAGGCCUGUGGGGAAAUUAGGUUUCUUUUAUCUGGUUCCUUCUGCAGUUUCAUUAACUUAUCUAGAGUUGCAGAGGAUAUGGUUAGGUUCAGAACUCAAGCCAGUAGUUUUACUACUGAUACUUCCAUCAAGAAAGGGUCAAGUGAGUAGGUAGCCUUUAUAUGACUCCAGAAACAAGUUUAAACAGGUUGACUGAUUUAGGCAUGGUUAAGAUGUGACAUAAAGGCUGCUCGUAUACUGACCUAUGCUUCUUUCGUGAAGCAAAUUUGGAGACAUAAACUGUACAGUCUCUUCAGCCCUGUCCCAGUCCCUGCUCUGAAAACACCAAUACUUGGCAUGCACAAAUGUCCCUGAUACUGUUUCAGAGAAAAUUCUCCAGGCUAUUUCUGGAGAAUGAAACUAGAUUUUGACAACUUCAUUCACAAAAUUAUUAAAUGAAAGACAAGUGCUUUUCACUAGCAAUAAAGUGUGACUCAUAUCUGAAAAAAUAUGGCAGUAGGCUCUCUCUAUAUAAAACAUGAUAAAGCCAAUUCCUCAUCCAAAUCUCAGUGAUGAAUUUCAUAUUAUAGAUGAUGCAGAACUAUCUGUCAAAAUCCACAACUUGAUUUUUCCAGUCAGAUCAAGUCUCUCUCAGUGUGCUCCUCCCUCCUCAUGCUGCUCUCUGGCAUAUGCUGCUCUCCAAUGGUUUAAUUCCUUUGCAUCAGAAACCUACUGGGCUCCCCACUAAAGCAGAAUCACAAGGAGAUCCCAAGCAAGUAAACGAAGGUAGCUUGUGACAGCCUUCCCCAGGAAUGAGAUCAAUAGGUAUGUCCAGUCCUCACUUCCUCUUCUUUGACUUCACAAUCCUACCUACAAAACCUGUUGCAUAGAUUUGAGGUUUAAGGGAUUAGGUUCACAGAGACCACAGGACAUCCAAUGAAGAGGUUUUGCCGCCUAGCAAUGUUUCUGCUCCCCAUCCCUCUCACCCUUCUGUAGGCAAGGGACAGCAUGGGAGUGAUUCCAGGAAUAAGAUUCCUGCCCAACUGAAGUCAAAUGGAAAUUUAUUGACUGUAAGGGGGGCAGGCUUUCAUUCCAUAUUGUCAUAUAAAAAUAAAGUCUAACAGUAAGAACAAUGACUUUAGUGACAGCAACAAUAUAGGAACUUUUCAGAAAAGACUAAACCCCAAGAGCAAAUCAGCUUUAGCACUGAACUCACAAUUGGAAGAAAAUGAAUGUAAAGUCACAGUUAAUUGGUUAAAGAGUGAAAUCACUCUUUAAAAUUAAAAAAAAAAUUAAUUAUCUCUACCGCUUUGACAAUAACACAGUAAUUUAUUUGAGGAGUUGCUGUACAGCUGUCAAAAUUAUAUCACUUUCAGGACAGAACAUCUGUUCUUGGUAGAUGGGCUAGGAACACCAAAUAUAACCUAGAGUUUAUUUUCCAAAUACAACUCACAUUUUAUAUCCCAUGAGAAGUGCUCUUCACCUUUAUGAGCUUUCUUGGCUCAGCAAAAUGGAGCUGGUUUAUAUUGUUGGGGGUUUUUUAGGUUUGUUUGUCUAUUUUUUAAGAAGGGUGGAGAGAACAUGCCUGAAUAUGGUUUUAAAAGAGAAUGAUAAGAUUAUCCUCAGAAGUUUUGCAAGUAUUUUUCUGGGUUUUUUUGAAUUACCAUAUUACCCGUAGAUAGUCAACACCCUCCAGUCUUUAAUCCAACAAAAGCAUCCUAUGCACUAACAAAACUGACUUGGAUGUAUUUAUCUGAAUUUUUUCUCUUCUACUUUUGGAGCCUCGAGGAUCUAAACAUAAAAAAAAUAUUUUUAAUCUGGCUCUUUGGUUUGCAGCAUUGCUUUAUAUGGCCUGAGGCACUGUCAAAGACAGAAAAUCAGUGCCACUGGGUUUCAGUCAUGCUCUUCUAGGUAUAAACUGAAAAACACACAUAUACCAAGUAGAUAAAGGUAGAGUUUCUAAUGGGAAUACUUAUUCAUGAGUUCAAAGAUGGUAAGUUGUAUGAUAGCUAACAUACUUGGUAAUACAAUCUUCAAAACGCAAUUGCAAAUUUUCUCCUAGAAGGCUUUAUUAAUGAAGGCUGUGACACUGCAUGAACGUGUACUCAUAGGGAAAUGUUGUCAUUUCCAACAUCCAGCAAACACUAACCAGCACUUGAAAAUGAACCUUUUUUAUAAAAAGCAUUUGGACAGGCAACUUGAUUAUGCAAUACGUCCUUUUUAUGUGUGUGUACUAUACAGAAACAGAAAUAUCAACGAAAAUGAUUGCAAAAACUUGGGGAGAUAUCCAAAACUGUAGGUUAAUAGAAAUUUAAAUUAUGGUAAUUUACUCCUCGAUAAGGGGUGAAAGCAACUGUGAGAUCAGUGUAACACCUACAGUCUCUUAUCUUGAGGGAGUUGUGGCCGCAGUGCUUAUACUCAUCAUUUGCAGGGGGAUGACAUUCACUCACUGCAAGAUUAAUUUUUAUUUUAGUGAUAUUUUAUUCUCGCUAUUCCUUACAGAGCAUUUUCUGCUUCAGGAGAUGUGGUUUCUUUACCAACCACAUAUUUGCUGGCCAGAGGAUUUAUGUAUUAUUCUGUAAUCAACUGUCCUUGCAUAUAGUCUCUAGAUUAUCAAAUGACAACUUCUUUUUCUUUAUUUUAUCUUUUUAAAAGAAAACUAAGUGGUGAUUUAAGUAAACUCUGAAGUAACUUUUUAUGAUAGUUUAAGGACAAAAAAUACAGUUUGCUGUAUUUUACCUUUAGCACAUUUAACAAUUUUUUUUUUUUUUUUUUUUUUUUUUAAUUGUACCUUCAGAAACAUGAGGAAAGAUUUGGUUUAAAAAUAAGAAAGGUAAAAAACUGGAUGUAACCUCUUUAACAGAAUGUACCACAGUUCUUCUGUUUGCUGUGUUGACUUUGUUGUUUAUAAUGCAUUGCGUGAGCACAUUCACCAUGUACUGAAGUGUGUGUUUGUGUGUAUGGGGUGGGGGUAGGGGGAAAUCUUUUUAUGGAAAAAGAAGUUGUGAACAUGAAAUAUGAAGCAACAUCUAAUGAAAACUUUCUUUUUAAGUGCAAUAUAUUUAUUUCUGCUAGAAAUAUAAUAUCAACAUUAUGUAAUAUUUGAAGCAUUAAAUGUUAUUUGUAAACAGCUUAAAAUUAUAUAUAUAUCACAAAAACUGUACAGAAGUGCAAAUGUGUGGAUAUUCAAUUUCUUUCAUUAAAAUAUUGGGUGUUUUGAUAUAUCAUUCUUA